UGUCUGCUAUGCGAGAACAUAAGCAAUACCUUUCCGGAGUCCUUGAUUUACGAAUUACGCAUCUGGGAUCCAUUUCUCCAAUUUAGGGUUUCUUUUCUCCUGGAAGCUCCAAUUGAGCUUUCGCUUCCGUUUUCCCUUUUCAUUUUUAAUUUCAAUUCCACUUCUUCUUCAUCCAAUUCAUUUCAAUCAGGUCGACUAUUGUUGCUGAAAUCUCUCUCAUCUGAUCUCAAAUGGCUGAACACUUGGCCUCAAUAUUUGGCACCGAGAAGGACCGUGUCAACUGCCCUUUCUAUUUCAAGAUCGGCGCCUGCCGCCAUGGAGAUCGCUGCUCUCGCCUCCACAACCGCCCUACUAUUUCCCCUACUCUUCUCCUAUCCAACAUGUACCAGCGCCCCGACAUGAUCACCCCGGGCGUUGAUGCUCAGGGCCAGCCCAUAGAUCCCCGAAAGAUUCAGGAACACUUCGAAGAUUUCUACGAAGACAUUUACGAGGAACUUGGCAAGUUCGGUGAGAUCGAGAGCCUUAAUGUCUGUGAUAAUCUCGCCGACCACAUGAUUGGAAAUGUCUACGUUCAGUUUAGGGAGGAGGACCAGGCUGCCGCCGCACUCCAAGCCUUGCAAGGGCGGUUUUACUCAGGUCGACCCAUUAUCGCAGAUUUUUCUCCCGUAACUGAUUUCCGCGAAGCCACGUGCCGCCAGUACGAGGAGAAUAAUUGCAACCGAGGGGGAUAUUGCAAUUUUAUGCACGUAAAGAUGAUUGGGAAGGAUUUGAGAAGGAAGCUGUUCGGUAGGUACCGGGGAUAUAGGGCGAGCCGGAGCAGGAGUAGAAGUUUGAGUCCGCGGAACCGGAAAGAGCACGAUAGGCGUGAAAGGGAUUACAGAGACCGUGACUAUCGCGGAAACGGACGGAGCAAGGAGCGUCAUGAUAGGGAUGGGGGAAGGAGAAGACAAGGUAGCCCCAGACGAAGCCGAAGCCGAAGCCCUGUCAUUGUGAGAGAAGGUAGCGAAGAGCGACGUGCCCGUAUUGAACAGUGGAACCGAGAAAGGGAGGAGAAGCAGUGACGUCUUCGUAUUUUUUUUUCUUUCUAUUUUGGUAAUUGUUCUGCGCUCUCUCUGUCAUUUAAUUAUGUACCUUACCCUUACUUACACCACAUAAUUCUGCCUGAAUAGGAAGUAGAAAUCUUUUCUAGACAAAGCCGUGGGUGUGAUAUCAAGUAGAGUAGCCUUUUUGGUUAACUUUCUAGUUGAUAUUGUCGGAUAUGAUCUCUUAACUAUUUCUAUCUGCACUUCAUCAUCCAUAUGCUUUAACUUGUGCCUCAUCUUACCCAUUUAAAACCCAUCAUUUCCUAUCCACUCUCCUGCUUGAGUUUCUGACCCAGGCAACAACAAGAUGGGAAACUCAUUGAGUGUGCUAUGCAAAUUGAUGAUUGUUGAAUAAGGCAUCUAUCUGCGUAUGGCCUUGUUACUUCUAUAUCUAACUAUUCUAUUUGUACAACUACGCUGACUUGAGGCAUUGUGUUAGUUACUAUAGUGAAAGAGUUUUAAUAGUUUUUGUUUGGUGUGCAAACUAUCUUAGGAUAGUCAUUAUUAUUCAUGUUUGAGUUGCAAGAUCAUACACUGAAGCAAAGAGGGGGUUUGAAAUAGUAAUGUUAUAUUUAAUUGUAGAUUAUAAUAGUUAAAAAUACCUAUUACUGUAAUUGGAUCACUAAACAUGGGUGGGUUGUAAUAGCCCACCCAUGAAGUUCAAGUUAGUAAGGUUGUACAUGAUAAAUUGAUUGGAGUAUAGUGGAAUUGAACAAAUUAUGGCCUUGGGUUUUCAAAGUACUAAAUAACAAAUUAAGGUGAGCAUAACUACUCAUCCGUUUGUUGUACUAAAAAAGAAAUGGAGGAAACAGAACAGUGAUGGCUUUGUGAAUGAGGAAGAGGAAGAUUGUUGUACUAAAAAAGAAAUGGAGGAAACAGAACAGUGAUGGCUUUGUGAAUGAGGGAGAGGAAGAUUGCCAUGGCCAUGGAAACACGAAACAAUCCUUCACAAGUACCGUUGGGGAGUCUGGAGGGCUUAACUAACAAGGACUUGUUGAAUGUGGAUCUACCCAGUUCCCUGCGUGCAACAAGAGGCGGCAUUGUCAAUUUGUUUCUAUUUUAAUUUGAUCUUUUUGCCAAGGAGCUUCUAUUGAUUUUAGUAUUGACUUGAGUAUGCCUAAUACAGGUUGUUUAUUAAUUAUUUGCUGCUUA